UGUUGGUGUUACAGGUUCGAAUGUUUAAUUUGCUCUCGCGGAAUGACGACAUUCUCUGGAGCCGGAUUGAUGACUCUUUAAUUUGACGUCACGUGUCACAAACACGCGUGCUGAGCAGCUCCUGGCAUAAUAAACUAGCUGAUGUUUUGAUAAAUUUCCGGGGAAUGCCAAGAUACCGAAUUUUGCUGCGUUAAAAGUUUUCAAUGGUGAAGGCAGAGCUCUGCCCUAAUGGUGAGCGGUGGAUGUGAUUCUUAAUUCAGAGAUAAAUUACAUGAAUAGGCCGAUUACUGAUAAUAUUCUUGUUUACGCAUAUGUUUUGCAGUUUAACUUCCGAGGGAUUCAACUCCACAGAAAAGAACUUUACCCUUUGUUAUCAAUACUUUUGGGCACAUUUCUUUUCGGUGCAUUAGUUAACGACUUUGUUUCAAUUAUCAACGUGGAGAUGCCUGAGAAUUCGACUCACGAAUUCACGUUUACCGUCCUGUUACUCCACUGUGCGUCCUUCGUACUGGCUAUCCUUGGAUUUAUAUACAACAGUCUGGCAGAAAAGGAAAUUGGGACUGGAUUAGGAAAAGUUUCAGCAGCUUUUAACAUGGGUUUAUUUAUUUCACGAAUAAUUCUCGAAUUAGCCUUCAUCGAAUUCCGACCAGAAGAAAUGCCAACAACAACGUGAUGUGGACACCAAUGAAUAAUCAUCGUUAGGUAUGAAGAGUCACCUAUUUUUUGUUGUUGGUUUUUUGUGGUUUUGGCAUCUGUCACACCUAUUGAAUACACUGAAGCAAGCGCUGCUCAACUGCUUUCAGAAGAAGGGGAAAACGGAUCGAAGCCAUUGUUUAGUACACCUUCCAUUCUCGGCAAAAUCUGCACAACGAGAACUUUUCUGUCAACUUAAUUGGCGUGCUCAUUUUGCUGCUCUGUUAACUCCCUCUCGAACCGUGCACAGGGACUUCUCGAUGCUACAGGCGGUACCUCAUCACCCGCCUUUUAGAUUUUUUUUGUUUUUUUGCUGAAAUUUCUUGAGCCAGUACACUUACCUGUACUGUUCAAAGAGUGUUUCAAAGUGGGUACUGUCGCAUUCGUCGUUUCCCAUUAAAACGUGGACAAUGAUAAUCAUGUAUUUUGAAAACUCUAACGUCGCGAUGAUCACGUGUAUCGCGGACUUGAAAACUCUGUGCGUAUCAAAUACGGACACAUUAUAUGCGUUUAUCUUUCGUUUUAGAGGUUUCGCGCGGGACAGUAUUAAAAAAAAAAAUUGAAAAUCUAAAACCUAAGUGUAGACGGAGGGACAAUGAAUUGGCACUUAGCUUCCAAGUGCUAUUAUUUAAUGAGAAAAAUAUUCCCUUGAACUUUUAACAACUUCUGUGGUUAUAAUUUUGCCAGGUUCAGUGCUAAGCUCUUUGAGCUUCUUGUUUAAAACCCAGCAAAUCGCGAGUGUAUGUAAUUAAUAACCUAUGCUUCUUUCCCUACAGGUUAAAACAAGUAGUUAGCAAUUAUUUUAAGCGGUAAAAAAUGUCAAUCAACACAAGAACCCCCUGGUUGAAGGAAUUUGAAGGAGAUUAACACGACAAUAUGUCUGGUUCACCGUGAUUCAAGUGGACGACUCAAACGCAACAUAGCAAAUGUCAAUGAGUGCGUUUAUUAUGAAUGAUUUAUCAUCACGUGAUCAUGCUCAAGCGAAAUUACGACGCAAUGUGUCUGAGAAAGUAAAAGCCCAGAUAAAAUUUAUGGUUUAUUGAGGACGCGAAUUCAUUCUUUGCUACUGCUUGUUCACAUGAAUGUUGUCUUGUAUUUGAGUUUUAUGAGUAGAAAUAGUUAGAAAUUAAAGAUUUAUACAACCAUUAAAGAAAAAAAAACUGGAAUUGGUCCACAGAAUCAAGUGCGUGUUGACUGAUAGUUUAAACUAAUCUCGUUCAGUAUCACUUGGCGAGUUCACUGUCAUGCAGAUCUCACCAAACAAAAGCUGACGUGAAGCUAGAGGUGCGAAAGCUGGUGCGCCUGAUUCCCUAAAGGAGCUCAGUCAACUUAUUUUGAGUUAUUUUGGCCACGUACAAAAGGAAAA